GUGCAAGUGAACACACCUGGUGAAAGCCGUCGACCCACACAGAAAUAUGGCGUACGCUUUGUCUGAGGAGCAAGUUCUGUGCGUCAUUUGCAUGGACAGCUUCACCGAUCCGGUGUCCGUCCCAUGUGGCCACAACUUCUGCCUCGAAUGCAUCAAUGGCUUCUGGGACUCCAGCCACAAGUCUGAAUGUCCGCUGUGCAAAGAGAGCUUCCAGACCCGUCCGGACCUCAGGGUGAACAUCGUCUUAAAAGACAUUACUGACCAAUUCAAAAGGUCUAUGAGGACAAAACAAGCAAGCAGGCCAGAGCCGGCGCCGAGGAAAAACUCCUCUAGACGGUCCUUGAAAGCCGACAGCAUAACCUGCGACAUCUGCAGCGACGACAAGCUGACGGCGGUGAAGUCAUGCCUGGUCUGUCAGGCGUCUUAUUGCGAAAUGCACCUGGUGCCUCACCUGAGGGAUCCGGUGAUGACGAAGCACAGGCUGACGGAUCCGGCCACCUUCAGCACAAGCCACCUCUGCAGAAACCACAACAGGCCCCUGGAGAUGUUCUGCAAGAAGGAGCAGACCCCCGUCUGUGCGAGCUGCACCGAGAGGGACCACAAGCACCACGACGUCGUUCCUAUGGAGAAAGAGAGCAAGCGGGUCAAGGCACAGCUGAAGGCGGUUCAAGCAGAGAUUCAAGAGAUGAUCCAGACCAGACUGAAGAAGGCUGAGGAGAUCAAGACCUCCAUGGAGCAGAGCAGGAUAGAGAAGGAAAAGGAGAUACAAACCAGUGUUCACAUAGCCAACCUGGCAAUCAAUGCCAUCGAGAGAAACCAGGCCCUGCUCAUCGAGGAGCUCGAAGAAAAGCACGAAGCAGCGAAACGGAGAGCGGAGGAUCUCCUGGAAGAGCUCGACCAGGAGCUCGGCGAACUGCAGCGGAGACGCAGUGAGCUGCAGUACCUGGAGAACACCAAGGAUCCACUGCACCUGCUGCAGAGCUUCCCCUGUCUGAGCUCUCCACUGUCAUCAACGAACUGGUCAGAGGUCAGUGUUGACCCCGACAUCUACAUCAGACGCGUGAGGACAACCUUCUCCAAGCUGGUGGACCUCUGCCAAGAACUUGAAAAGAAUCUUUGCGCCGAAGAAGUCACCAAGGUGGUCAAAUUUGCAGUGAAUGUGACUCUGGACCCUGCAACUGCUGCCAGCUGGCUUCUUCUGUCCCCAGAUGGUAAAAAGGUGAGCCUGAGCUCCCAACAGAGAAAGCAUGCGCUCCCCAGUGACUCUCGUAGGUUCGAUUCCUGUGUUGCCGUUCUGGGGAAACAGAGAUUCACCUCUGGGAGACGAUACUGGGUGGUCAAGGUCGGGGAUAAAACAGACUGGGAUCUUGGAGUGGCAAAGGAGUCCAUAAACAGGAAGGGCUCCAUAACCGUCCGUCCAGACAACGGUUACUGGGCGAUCUGCAGGCGGAAGGGGGAGAGUCUCCGGGCCUGCGCCGGACCCUCCGUCAUCCUCCACCUCCAUGAAAUACCUACCAAAGUGGGCAUUUUCCUGGACUACGAAGAAGGAUCGGUGUCAUUCUACAACGCAGACGCAAAGAGUCACCUCUACACUUACAAAGGAUGUUGUUUUACUGAGCCCAUGUAUCCAUACUUUAAUCCGUGCCUCCACGACAAUGGGAGGAACACAGCACCACUGAUCAUCUGCCCAGUGGAUACUGGGCUUAUUGUAGAGACUGGAGUGAACUGAAGCCCAAGUCAAUCAAACAGAGACAGUGAAGUCCCAUGUUCACCCGACUGAUUACUUUGCAUUUUAAAGCCUUAAGGAAAAUGCUUAGGUUGUGUUUGUUUUGUAUUUUAUGUUUAAAACUAGAAAACCAAUGAGAAGGUUCAGGGAACUUCUGAACUCAGUUUACAUUUUAGCGCCCUUAUUGUAAAUUACAGUGUAAUUGUCUGUCUCUUUAUUGCUUAAUGACCAGAGUUUAUAAUUCUCCUCAUUAUUCUUUGGGACGUGUCGCAGUUUUACCUUCCACAAACCGACAGUCAUCAGCAAAGCCAUAAACAGUGAAUUAUUUUGUUUUACAGGUUGUUGAAUCUUUUGUUCUCUGUUUUUCCUAUAAUGCUUUUGUCCACCAUGGCGUUUCAUAAAGGUCAAUGUUAUUUACAAACAUGACAUCACAGCAUGUUCAUCUUUCAUUUUCCUCUGACGGGUUCUGUGAUGUUUGGUGUUUUGAGGGGGCUGACGUCACGUGUUAAGCCGUCAGCAGUUUUAUUUUGAAAUGCCUCGGAGGAGAGCGGCAGAUGUCACAGUCGGACACCGGGUGCGGGGGUCGGAGUCGGACCGUCUCAUUUUUCAGUUAGUUUGUAAUCAGAAAUAUAGGAGCACACAGUUCUAGUCUGGAACUGGGGAAAAAUGGCAAAAAGGUGAAUGGCUAAUCAGCGUCAGAUCAGCACAAAUUUCAAUGUAAUGAAGGUAAUCAGGCAGGAGGUGUCAAUGCUACUGGUGUAAACGCUAAUUCUAGCAUUUCUAAAAGAAAUCCACUGUUAUGCAAACGUCUGACCAUGUGGCGUGAAAACAUUUUUUAAAGGGAGGAACGUGUCUGUCUCUGUCAGGAACCUGUUCAGCUGAAUGAUCAGACAAGAAAGAAUUGCAGGCAUUGUGCUUUCAAUUUAGGACUAUUUAUAACUUCAUCUUUAAAUAAAACGUAUCAAAUGACGUUAAUAAUGCAAGACUUCGUUGAGGAAACGGUGCACAAUUAAUACCUGGGAAAUACCUGGCAGUGAGCGUGUUUUAGAAGGUCACACAAAACCAAAGAAGAAAUGCAAGGAACAUGUGACACAUGUCAACAAUCCCUUCAGUUGUUCACCGUCUCAGUUUGUUGUUUGUUAAUGGUUGAUGAGAUGCAGAUGCAGAUGCAGAUCUGUAACCCGAAAAGCAAAUAUAGAGCAGUUGGCAUGAUGAGACAGCUGUAGAGAAAAACUUUAAGUCUAGGUUGUCCUGUAUUGAGUCUUCCUGUUGAUCUCCCUUUUAAAGAUUAGAUGUGCAGGGGAUGCUCAUUUCAAUACUACAUCAGUCCAACACUUAAUGUACAAGAAUGUGGCCUUUUUAAAUCAAAGCGACCUUCAUCCGAGUCACAGCUUCAAGAUUUCAUUGUAAGGGAAGCAUCUAGUGGUGAGCAAGAGUUACAGCAGCCAUUUUAUUAUUUUCACACAAAUCUCUGUGUUCAGUAAACCCUCUUAAACUUUCCUGCUCCUUAAAAGUUUAAAACAUAGACUAACAAUGUGGAUCCUAUUGUGUUUUUUUCUAGAGCAAAAAAAAUAAAAUAAAAAAUCAUUUCAUUUCCUUUAGGAUUAUAUUAUUUUGUUUCAUGUUCAAGUUAAUCCCCCCUAAAGAAUUUCCUUAACGGCAACCCUAUUUCAUGCAAUCACCUGUAAAUGUCUUCAAGUUCAAGGUGCACAAUAUCUAGAAUAGCAGCUGCCGUAUUUCAGUGUCAGCAGGACUGAUAAGACUGCAGAUUUUGGAGGGUAUUUCAUUUCCUUUGCAAUUUAUUCAGAUGUUGGAUGAUAUCUCUGGCCAGUUGGAUGGCCUCUCUCCUCUUUUUAAAAACCAGCGCCAGCAGUACCUCCUAAUACUUAAGCGUUUUAAAUUUCAGACAUUUGCAUUAAUCAAGAAAACUGAGGUUGAACACUAAUUCUGGCCAGUUGCUAAACUCUCUCGUUAAACCAACCAUAACAUGGGUAUAGAUUAGCAGCUGCCAUAUUCUGAAACAACAAAAAAACACCUCAUCCUAGUGCAAGAAGUUUGUUUUUUUUGAAAAAUGAGAGUUUUUUUUGAAAUUGUGGUGUUUCCAUUAGUUAUCAUCCAUAGUCAUAUGGUCAAUGAAAAUGCAGAUUUUCAUUGGACACUGGUGCUCCAGCAUUUUGUAAAACAAAAAAAAAUUCUUUGUGACAAAGAUAUGUUCAAGGCAUUUGUGGCUUUUAAUUGGCAAAACAGAAAUGGGUUUUCGUGAGCGCUCUUAUUUUCCCCUAAAGAUCGUCAUCUCAAGAAAAAUGAGAUUGGAACUGAAAACUGGCUCACAAGGAAGAGAAAACCUCAACCGGAGGAGAAAUUAUGCAAUACAAUUCAUGCCACUCUGACAAAAGACAUUUCUAGAUGAGUCAGCAGCCAGAUCAUUGAGGUGGUUAUGUUUGUGAGCAUAAUGUCUAUCGUGUUUUGUCACACCAUAAUUGUUGUGUCCUUGAGAAACAUCUGCUAAUGUCUGCAGAUUCUUUUAUUAAAAUGAACCAA